AUGAUUGAUUACUUGGGCGUUGUAGCUAUUGUAUUCUUUUACCUGCUGAUUCUUAUUGUCGGCAUUUGGGCUGGCCGAAAAGCGAAAGAUGUCAACUCAAUGUCCAUUGAUGGUGAGCAAACUGAAGAGGUUAUGCUGGCAGGCCGAAAUAUUGGUACUUUAGUAGGUAUCUUCACGAUGACUGCAACGUGGGUUGGUGGAGCUUAUAUCAAUGGUACUGCAGAAGCGCUCUACAAUGGCGGUCUUCUAGGAUGUCAAGCGCCAUUCGGUUAUGCAUUAUCACUAGUCAUUGGUGGCAUACUUUUUGCGAAAAAGAUGCGUGAUGAAGGCUAUAUCACAAUGUUGGAUCCAUUCCAGGUGAAGUAUGGCCAAAGAGUUGGUGGUCUUCUGUUCAUCCCUGCUCUUCUUGGGGAAGUAUUCUGGACAGCUGCGAUUUUAUCAGCUCUUGGAGCAACAUUAUCAGUGAUUCUAGCGAUUGAUAUGACAUUGUCAGUAAUAAUAUCAGCAAUAAUUGCAGUAUUUUAUACUUUCACUGGUGGUUUGUACGCUGUUGCAUACACGGAUGUUGUACAGCUAUUUUGCAUAUUCGUCGGCUUGUGGGUUUGUGUACCAGCAUCACUGUUGCAAGAUAAAACGAAAGAUUUAUCAAGGAAUGCAGCGGAUUGGAUUGGUACCAUUGGCGGAUUUAAGGAAACGACACUGUGGAUAGACUGCAUGCUGCUACUUAUUUUUGGUGGUAUCCCCUGGCAGGUAUAUUUUCAACGAGUACUAUCAUCAAAAUCAUCAUCAGGUGCGCAGAAGUUAUCAUUUGUGGCGGGUAUUGGUUGUAUUUUGAUGGCUAUACCACCUGCCUUAAUCGGAGCCAUUGCUCGAAAUACUGAUUGGAGGUUAACCAAUUACAAUCCAUGGAACAAUGGCACAAAAAGCGAAUCAAUUCUUGUUGAUCAGACAAAUAUGGUUGUGCCACUAGUUUUUCAGCACUUGACUCCAAAAUGGGUUGCAUUCAUCGGACUCGGUGCAGUAUCAGCUGCAGUAAUGUCAUCCGCUGAUUCUUCGGUUCUUUCAGCAGCAUCUAUGUUUGCACACAAUAUAUGGAAGCUGGCUAUCCGCCCAAAUGCCCAUGAAGAAGAGGUGAUUUGUGUGAUGCGUAUUGCAAUUAUAGCAGUUGGAUUCUGUGCAACUUUAAUGGCGCUUACAAUAAACAGCAUUUACGGCUUAUGGUAUCUAUGUGCAGAUCUUGUCUACGUUAUACUUUUUCCACAACUUGUUUGUGUUGUAUAUUUCAAGCACUCCAAUACUUACGGAUCAGUCACUGGUUAUAUCGUGGGAUUAUUGCUAAGGCUAUCUGGAGGCGAGCCACUUCUUUCUUUCCCAGCAUUUAUCCAUUACCCUAUGUACGAAGAAGUGAUUAAAGAAGAUGGUACGAUAUUAGGGACUCAGUUCUUCCCGUUUCGAACAAUGGCCAUGUUGGGCUCAUUCAUCGCUUGCAUUGGAACCUCUUAUCUUUCCGAAUAUUUAUUCGCAAAUGGAAUAUUACCAGUCGGAAUGGAUUUCUUGAAGUGUGUCGUUAAUAUACCACCCGAACGCAUUGCGCUGCAUUCAGAUGUCAGUUUUAACGUAAGCAGUGAAACACUAAAUGCGCAGAGAGCAAAAGAUUCAGGUGAUAACUACACCAGAAGAAACUUUCUGAAACCACCUGAAACGUUAACGAUCACAGAGUUAAGUACGCUACAACCCUCCAAUAACAAAGAUUACCUAACACUAAGUAAAGAUAUAUAG